AUGUCAGCCCGUUUUCUAAUCGACGAUUUACUUACAAAAUCCUUACCUUCCGAAAAUUACUUGGAAGAGGAUAAUAAUAAAAAGAAAAAUAAAUUUUUUGUGGAAUUUACUCAACUACUUCCCCCUACAAUUUUUGGCCAGACUGUUUUGGGGCAAAUUCUUCCAAAAAUAAUUAAUGAGAAAAUAUUUAAGGAGGAUGAUAUGAUUGUGGAAGAACAACCAAAUUUGGGUAGAUAAUGAAGAUUUAAAUGGACAAAGAAAAUAUUCUAAUAGCCGCCCCUCUCUAAUAAGUAGCUUAGCCUGUCCAAUAGGGAAAGACUCUAGCUUUGCUUCUGGAUAAGUUCAUUAGUAAACUAUAAAGUUGGUUUUGGCAUGCCUCUGAGGAGGUUAAGGAAGGAAGGAUUACGGAUUUUAAGGAAAGGACCCUAGAAUUAAAGGAUAUUAAGGAAGGCUU